AAGUUGCAGGAUGGCACAGAUGCAGAAAUGUCGGAGCACAACUGUCAAGAGGCCAGCCCGUCGGCUUAUCCAGAAAGAGAUGAACAGGCAAGACCUGAAAACGAAAAGGAAUUACAGGAGGCUUCAAAUAGCACAGAUGCAAAGUUUUCACAUCAAGCAACGCAAGUAAACGUUGGAGUAUCUAGCCUACUUGCAACUGAAAGAACAAGAUGGAAACGCAGAGAAAGGGAUCUGAAAAAGCAGGUUGAAAAGCUUCGACAUACAGUUGACCAGUACAAAACAGAGCUUGAAAAAAUGAAAAAUGAUUGCAAUUUUGGUGAUCUGCAGUACAUUCGCCAGCAGGCUGAAGAGAAGCAUAUUUCAGCUGUGUUCUUAUUGGAUCAAAUUGUUAACUUUCGCCGAAAAAAGCCAACUUGGACUGAAGACGUAGUGCGCCACUGCAUCGUACUACGCCACCUGUCAACAAAAGCUUAUGAGCACACAAGGAGGGAAAUGCUACUCAAGCUACCUAGCAGAAGCACCCUUCUGAAUUACCUUGGGAGCAGCUCGGGCGAGACAGGUGUCAACCACCUAGUGCAAGCAAGACUGAAGGCUGAAUUAGAAAAGCUGGAUGCACCCCAAUCUAGAACCUGCUCACUAAUAGUAGAUGAGAUGCGGAUAAAGCCGAAGCUUCAGUAUAAUAAGCAGCGAGAUUGCUUUGUCGGUCAAGUCGACAUGGGCAUAGCAAGUGCACCUGACAGUGAGCUUGUUUUGGCAAACUCCUUGCUAUGCUUUAUCAUAAAUGGGCUCAGCACUACUUAUAAGAUUCCCGUUUCAUACUUUUUUAUGAAAGGGCUAAGUGGCUGUCAGCUGUCAAAGUUGCUUCUCUAUGUAAUGAAAGAAGUAGAAGAAAUAGGGUUCCGUAUAGUACGCUUGGUGACAGAUAACCAUAAAGUCAACGUAAGUGCAAUGAAAGAGCUCUGCGGUGGGUUUUUGACCUACAGAAUUCCCCACCCAUGCAAUCCCGACCGAGAACUUUUCCUAAGCUUUGACUACUGUCACAUAAUGAAAAAUGUGCGGUCCCAGUUUCUGUCACGAGAUCUCGGCAAAACUGGCGAGGUGUCUUCAUCCCACCUAAAGAAACUGUAUGAAAUGCAGAAAGCAUGGAUUGUCAAGCCAGUAAGGAAUUUGAGCAGGAAACAUGUCUAUCCAAACAAUAUUGAGAAAAUGAAUGUUAAGAGGGCAGUGGAAGUAUUCUCUUCAGAUGUUACCUCAGCACUCGAAGUUCUCGUGAAGCAAGCUGGCCAUAGCUGCCAUCCUGAUUUUGCUGGUGCAGGACCGACAAUAACCUUUAUGAGAAAUAUAUAUCGAUGGUUCAUUUUGCAUGACACAAGUAACACCAUGCAACAUGUCCAGCAAUGCUUUCCGGAUGUGCGGCACUACGACAGCCCAGAUGAUGAUCGCCUUGAGUGGCUAGAAGUUACGUUUCCCUUGUACAUGGAGGAAUUGAAGAGAAAUACAUCAUCUCCUCGUGGAUCCCUUACGACUGAAACAUAUGAAGCGCUGCUGCUCACGACAUACUCCACUGUUCAUUGUGUCCGCUUCCUUCUCACGAGAGAAAAUUUCGGUUUUGUGUUAACAAGGAAGUUUAGCAGUGACCCCAUCGAGUCAUUGUUUGGGACGCGGUCGGUCGGUUGCAAUGACCAGUUGGAUGUGCGUUCUGCAAUCUCGGGGCUAGAAAAAGUUUUGAAGACGGGCAUCGCAGCUGUGUCGCAGGACAGUAACGUUCUUUGCGCUGAAGAGCCUGGACCAUCUAAGGGGGUUUUACUUGAAACUCCACAGGUGUCGAAGAGCUCAGCUGAGCUUCCACAGCAAGCUGUAAAUGUACUGGAAGAUCUCAGGCGGCCAAAUGUGGCAAAGUUUGCAACACUGCAAGUGUCAGCAACGGUUUAUGUUGGCGGAUAUAUUGCCCGUGUAGUUAAAGAGCAUAUUGAAUGUGACAGCUGCAGUGCAAUCGUCACCAAGCCUUUGACUAAACAGCCACUUCAAAUGUUUACUUUUCACCAGGACAGAGGUGGAUUGUUAUACCCUUCAGACAACCUGCUCCACGUCCUAGAGACCCUGCGGAUAUUUGUCCAGACAGCACUUCAAAAAUGCCCAACGCUUCACAAACCUCUGCAAACGCUCUUAGAUGCAGCUGUACCAGCUGUUUCUAAGUCUGGCUUUCUUCAUUGCCCCAACACCCAGCACCACCAUGAUGUAGCUAAGUUGGUGUGCUCAAGAUUUAUAAAGCCGCUACUAGUGAACUAUGCCUUUGCUGCCACUGACAAGAGUGACAUCUACAAAACUUUCUUCCAGAAGCCAGGGUCGAGAAAAUAUGUCAAGUUGUGA